GCCACGCCAGCGAGCUGCCGGCUGCCAGUAGCUGUCCCGCCGCUCUCGCGCGCUGCGGCCUCCGGGAGCUUUGGACGAGCCUCCAGGGCUUGCGGCCGGGGCCGCCACAGCAUCCCGCGUGGUCUGCGGACCGGAGAAGCUCUCGAGCCGUCGGUGCCCCCGAACUUUCCGCACACCCGGCGCGAACCGACUGCGGCGGGGGCCGCGGGUCUGAAAAGCAGCUCCGCGGAUCUGGGACUGGAGCAACAUGGACGCCGUCAGUCAAGUCCCCAUGGAAGCUGUGCUCCCCAAGCACAUCCUGGACAUCUGGGUCAUUGUCCUCAUCAUCCUAGCUACCAUCAUCAUCAUGACGUCCUUGCUGCUGUGCCCCGCCACUGCGGUCAUCAUCUAUCGCAUGAGGACUCAUCCUGUCCUCAAUGGUGCGGUCUGAGAACCUCCCGGGCAGGGCAGGUAGGGGCUGAGGACAGCACCCCCUCUCAGCCUCAUCCCCUUCCUUAGAGAUCAGCACCAGGGACUUCGGAGUGUGGACUCUGGGGCAUGACAUGUGCGAGGAGAUUCGAGUUCUGGUUUGGAUUCUGCCACUGGCUAGCUGUGUGAGGCUGAGGGACCGAAAUAUAUGAGUCCCAGGUUUUUUCUUUCAAGUGGGAAUCAUGAUUCUUGUGUCUUCCUACCUCCUAGGGUGGUGAGAACCAGUCACUUUGUGGAGGUCAGAGCUGUGAGCAGUAAAGCAAGCACAGGUACCAGGUGUUAUUGCCAAAGGCUGAGAAACUUUGUAAAAACCGAAGAACCUAAUUGUUGAUGAUGCUCUUCAAGGUGAAAAGGGGGAGUGAAAAGGGGGACAGUUGGCGAAUGCAGACUUUACCAGUGCCCCACAGGCAAACAGGGUCACACUGACCUCAUUCCAAGGGUUAGCAGCACACUCGUUCAACAUUUUCUAUAUUCUCAUGUUUUCUGAGUUAGGAGGGUGUUGAGUGUAGCAGCGAGAGUGGAUAGAAUUUUCUAGAACCUUCUUUAGUCAGAAUCUCUGCUGCUAGGCAGUCUGGAGGGCGCUCUCAUUUCUUGGCAAUGCCAACAGAGAUGGGACCAUGGGAUUCUUUCUGCACUGGAGUCACACUGAUUUGACACUCAAGUAAUUUUGGAAAAUGCAAGGUGGCUGAGUUCCCUGGCCAGUUCCCAGGACCUCCCCCCCUUGACCCCUUGCAUGCUUCACACCAGAAGAGGGCUGUCCCUCUGCCUGGCUCCUGUUAGGUUUAGGCCUCCUCCUUUACUUCCUCCAACUAGCAGUGCAAUCAAUAGAAGGUACAGACUUGUAUUUUCAGAGAUGGUCCCAAGACUUUGGGAACCAACUCAAAACAGUGAUGGUUAUUUUAGAUGCUGACUUAUAUUUAUGUAGAACGAUCUCUGGACCAUUUAAGCUCUUUAACCAAAAUCAGAAAUGUCUUGAAUUUGCUAAAUUAUGUAAGAAGAUAGCCCAGAAUACCAGAAUAUUAUGUGAAAACAGUACUUUUACUUUGAUGUGACUGCAUUGAUGUGUAAAUAAUUUCUAAUAAAGUGCCCCAAAUAUGCCUGA